CCUCUGUCCCUGCUGCUCCCCAGCACCCUGGAGGAGGGGGACCCAGGCAUCCCGGCUGGCUGGACUCGCAUACGGAGCAGGAACGGCAUUCUGAAUGGUGUGUGAAAGAGCAAGAUGGAAGGAAACCACCUCCUCCCGUGGCCCAGCCCCGGGCCCAGCCCGGGCCCCCAGCCCCCCGCGGCCCCCCAGAAGCGCGCCCUCGCCUCCUCCAUGAGGGCCGUGAUCCGGCUGCACCGGAGACUCCGGGCCCUGCGGAAGGGCCGCCCGCGCCUGCCGGCCGCCUCCGCGGGCCCGGACGCCCCGCCGGGCCUCAGCCAGGCCCUGCGCCUCAAACGCCAGCUCUCGGGGGAGCGAGGAUGGGCGGGCGGCAUAGGCGGCGGCGGCGGUCUCCUCUACCCCCCGCCCCAGUUCUUCACCUUCGACCCCCCGACGGAGCAGGCCGGCCGACGGCGGAAGAAGCGGCGUAGGUCCCGGGUGGUCCUGUACCCCGAGAACGCCAAGCGGCGCCUCCCGGCCGAGCAGAAGAGCAAGGCCAAGCGCUGCCUGCUCCUGCUCCUGACCAUCGUCUGCUUCCAGAUCCUGAACGCCAUCGAGAACCUGGACGACAACCUCCAGAAGUACGACGUGGACGGGCUGGAGAAGACCCUGAGGCGGGGGGUCUUCGGCCAGGCGGCGGCCGUGGACGCCCUGGUGGAGCUGCUGAGGGACUAUUUGGCCACCCACGUCCACAGCCGGCCCCUGGUCCUCUCCCUCCACGGCCCCAGCGGGGUGGGCAAGAGCCACGUGGGCCGGCUGCUGGCCAGGCACUUCCGGGCCGUCAUGGACCCCGACUUCGUCACCCACUAUUACGUCUUGCACCGCUGCCCGGAGCGGGGGGCCCUGCCGGCCUGCCGGCGGGAGCUGGCCGCCCGCGUCGCCGACGUGGUCGUCCGGGCCGAGGCGGAAGAGAGGGUCCCCCUCUUCAUCCUGGACGAGGUGGAGUUCAUGCCCCCGGACCUGCUGGACGCCCUCUACGCCUACCUCCGGCCGGGCCUCUCCAACGAGUUCCUCAACGCCGUCUACGUCCUGAUCGGCAGCGUCGGGGGCAGCGAGAUCACCCGCUUCGUCCUCCAGAACGGGACCGGGCCCCCUCCGGCCCUGAUCCGGGCCCUCCUGGCGGGCGCCCACCCGCUCUGGGAGGCCGCCCACUUCGUCCCCUUCACCCUGCUGCAGAAGCGGGACGUCGUCGGCUGCUUCGUGGAAGAGAUGGCCGGGGAGGGCUUCUACCCAGACCAGGCCCACGUGGAGAGCUUGGCCGCCCAGCUCAGCUACUACACCCGGGGCGACGCUCAGUACUCCGUCAGCGGCUGCAAGCAGGUGGUCGCCAAGGUCAACCUUCUGUAGCUGGCCCGGUUCGGCGGGGCCGGGGGUCGCCGGACGCCCCGGCGGAGUCUCGCUCCCGGGGGGCCGACGGAGGGGUGGCGGCGGUCGUCUCGGGGCCGGUUUGCCCCGACUCUCCUCCCCCGGAUCCCGGGGGGCAGAUCGAGUCGGCCGGGAAACGGGUGGAUCGCGCGGGGUGGGAGAGGCGCUCAGCCCAUCCCCUGAACUCUCUCCCUAACGGUUCCGCCGGUCGUAUUUAUGGAGCGAUUUACUGCGUGCGGAGCGCUGUGCUGAGCACUCGGGAGAGUAGGGUAUGACGAUAAACGGACACCACGAGGAGCUCACCGGACACACCGCGGCCCAGUGAGAAGCAGUGGCGGGAAGAGCGGGGGGCGUUGGAACGAAUUCCCUGGGCCAAGUCUGAGAUCUGGGCUGUCUGCUUGGUGGAUUUCCCGGGAUUUUCCUCCCUAAAAUCCCAGUGGGAAGAUCUAGGAAACCGGGAAAUGUGGGUUUUUUUGCAGGGGGGAUGAGUUGCUUAUUUCAUCCCCGGAACGCUCCCCUUGACCAGACACACCACGGCCCAGGGAGAAGCAAUGCGUCCUAGUGGAAAGAGCUCAGGUCUGGGGGUCGGAGGACAUGGGUUCUAAU